GUGUCUCCCCAGCUGCAGCAUCCAAGUGCCGAGGUGAGAGAGUAUGCCUGUGCCAGCAUUUCCAAGCUGUUGCAGCAGAAGCACGUAAUCCCAGCCUUUCUGCAGAGAGAUGUUGUCCGGUGUUUAGGACCGUUGCUGAUGGAUCACAGUUUAGCUGUCCGUGAAACAGCCGCAGGUGCUCUCCGAAAUCUGAGUGCUUGUGGAGGAUUUGAAGUCUGUGAUGACAUGGUGACAAAAGACAUAAUGACUCCCCUUGUUGCACUUCUGAAAGAGUGUAGCGCUGGACUAGAUGCUAACCAGCUCUCUCCAAAGAAAUGUAGAGAGAGGAACAAAAAUUAUGUUGAAGACAUAGCCAAUGAAGCUAUUAAUUUGCUGUGGAACGUAUGUGAAUGCAACAAUACCGCAGUACACAUAUUUAAUAAAGAAGGAUGUCUGGAGGCUGUGUUACAUUACAUGAAGAAGUUUUCUACAAAUGUGGAUCUGGCUAUUUCAGUAGCAAACUGCUUGCAGGCAGUGACAGAAGAUAAUCCAGAUCUUCUUUCUUCAUUUAAUGCAUCUGCACAACAAGUAUUGGAAACCGUGAUGUUGUGUCCAGACAGCACAAUGAAGCAUGUCCUCCUGAGAACGCUGAUAGCAGGCACUACCUGGAAUAUCAAGGAUACCAUUCCACCGGGCAGCCUGGGCAGCGUGGUUAAUGCAAUCCUGAAGAUUUUUUCAGAAUCGCUAGCAAUAGAUGCUGGCGAAAUGAUUAUUCGUAUGAAUGAAGUUGAAAAAAACAGGUUAAAACUUGCUGCGGAGGCAGAAACAGAGGAAGGCAUGAGUGACGUUAUAGACAAUUGUGUUUUGAGUGGAGAUGAUGGCAUGGAGGAAAUACCAAAAGGAAAAGUCCGGAGAGAAAAUGACAUUUCAGAUCUACUUCCAUCUGAUAAGUGGGAACUGAACGAAGUGACAGCUUUACUGAUGGCUCAGCAGACUGCUCUGGAAAUCAUUGUUAAUAUGUGCUGCAGCGAAG